AUCAGACGGCCCCCUUACAUAUACCAGUCUAACAACUGGAGCCCCUGAGUGAAUGGGUUAGGCGUAUAAAAGAAUUGUGGCUGGCAGAGUGGCAGGAGCUCGGAUGAGCAGGAUAGGAAUGAGAGAUUCCGAUGGCGAAGGGCAGUCCAGAGAUGGUAAUGCCAUUCAACAUCAGUCUUCGUUCGGAUUCGAAAAUUUUGAAGUGGCAAACCAACAGCGUCGUAGGCCACGAAGGGGCCAGCUGCAAAAGAAUGAAGAUGAAGAAGAGAAACCUGAAGCAAAAGCAUUUAUGUGCAUGCAACCCGGAUGUCCACGGACUUUUUCUUCUAGGUUUAAGCUGGUUAGACACAUACUCAUUCACUCAGGGGAGCGACGAUUUCAGUGCACGAGCUGCGGCCGUCGUUUCCACAGGAAGGAUCACUUGAAGAAUCAUUUGCAAGUUCACAACCCAAAUAAAAUUUUGCACUCCUGUGAAUUAUGUCAGAAAACAUAUUGCUCACUACUAUCAUAUCGAAAGCACAUUGCUCUUCAUGCAGCAGAAGCUGGGGAUCUCGUGUGCAAGCUGUGCGGAAAGAUGCUGGCGGAUCGAGAAGGUAUCAUGCAUCAUCUUAAAGUUCAUACCGGAUCGAGGACAUUACGUGGUCCUAGUGAAAGAAAGUUUCCUUGUGAUCGUUGUGAUAGAUCUUUUUUCACCAAGAAAGAUGUGAAGCGUCAUCUUGUAGUUCAUACAGGAAAGCGCGAUUUUGUGUGUCAGUUUUGUCCUCAGCGGUUUGGACGUAAAGAUCAUCUUGUGCGCCACACAAAGAAAAGUCACAUGAAUAAUUCCAACAACGCUACUGCAAUAGACCCCAUUAGAAAAUAUGAGCCCCCACCAUCCGUGCAACCUGACACGAAUCACAAUCACAAAAGUGGACCGAUGAUCGUACCAUCUCCUCUUCCCGAUAUGUCUGGUCUUGUGAUACCCACACCAGUUUCCUCAAUGAUGGAUGGACCAGUACUAGAUGCAAUAAAACCAGAAUCUGGUUAUGUUCCUCCUCCGCAACCGAGCCUGGUGCAGUCAAAUUAUGGUUUAAAUUCACUUCCCACUGAAAAUGGUCAGAGUUUAUCCAGGUUUACCGAACCUUCUCUGUUGCCUGUAUCGCAAUACUUGCCAAUGACACCAUCUUAUCCUACUGUGACACCAAUUAUGCCUCAUCACUACAUCAACAUGUCUACCUCAAAUAAUAUAUUAUCUGACCUUUUACCUCCUAUGUCAAUGGCUCCAUCCUUUACCUCGUCAUUGUCAUUGGAUGUGGGGAAUUCUUCAUUACCCCAUUUCAAUCAAGCAUUUCAAUAA